CCAUUCACAACAUCCAUCACUUGACUGAGCUGUCCAUCCAGACUCUUAAAGAAACUGAAGAAGCAGUAUCCAUGACCAACAUGAUGACAUCAACAGUCCUCAUCAGCUUCCUGGCCUGUCUGCUCCUGGUCAAUGUUGAAGGCCAGGUGGGUCAUUCUAAAGCUCGGUGCCUGUGUCUGAAUGGAAUGGUGAACCACGUUAAACCUGUUCUCAUUGAGAAGCUCGAAGUGUACACCUCCAGCCACUCCUGCCGGAACAUGGAGAUCAUUGUCACUCUGAAGAACGGAAAAGGGAUGAAGUGUCUGAAUCCAGAGGCUCCAUUUGCCAAGAAAACCAUUGAGAAAAUAAUGAAAAACCAAAGGAGUGUGCAGUAAAAUUAACGACACCAGUUCAGGUGAGAACUUGAUGGAGAGAGAGCUAUUCCUGAGGAAUGCAAAGAAGACUGCCUGAAAACUGCCUGAAGACAGCCUGAAGACUGCCUAAAUAUAUGUUUACACUGUUGAAUGGUACUUAGAAAGUUGUUUUUUAUAUUUACAAAGUCAGUAUCUG